AGGAGGAAGGCGCUGAGCUCAAACUACGGAAGCCCGGCAGCGCGGAGGCCUUCAGCCGGCUCGCGGCCGCCUGAGCUUACUAAAAUGGGUCGCCAUUCAUCAGACACUGAAGAAGAAACUAAAAGCAAAAGAAAAAAGAAACAUCGUAGAAGGUCAUCUUCAAGCAGUUCCUCAGAUAGUAGAAGUUACAGCCAUAAAAAGUCAGGAAGAAAAACAAGAUCACGGUCUCGAGAUGUCCAGUUUCGUUCACAUUCGUAUGAAAAAAGGCGACGGCAUCGAUCAAGCAGCAGUUCUUCGUACGGGUCCAAAAGAAAACGGAGUCAUAGCCGAUCAAGAGCACAAGGAAAGUCAUAUCGGUCUCAGAGAUCAAGAUCAAAAAGCAGAUCAAGAAGAUCACAUUCCAGACCCCAACAACGAUCAUACAGUCGCAGCAGUGAAAGAACUAGUCGCAGGAGAACCCGUAGUGGGUCUCGUGAGAAAGAAAGACGUAAAGGCAGAGAUAAAGAAAAAGCAAGGGAGAAGGAAAGAUCCAGAGGAAAAGACAAAGAGCAGCAUUACAACAAAAGUGGAGAUGCUGGAAACAUCAAAACUGGUUUAGAACAUCUGUCUGCUGCUGAGCAAGCCAAAGCUAGAUUACAAUUGGUCCUUGAAGCUGCUGCUAAAGCUGAUGAAGCAUUAAAAGCAAAAGAGAGAAGUGAACAAGAAGCAAAGAAGAAAAAAGAAGAUCAAGCCAGUCUUGUUGAGCAAGUAAAACGAGUCAAAGAAAUUGAAGCAAUUGAAAGUGACUCUUUUAUUCAACAGACAUUCAGAUCGAGCAAAGAAGUCAAAAAGGUCACAGAAUCUGCUGAUAUCAAAAGUGAACUGGGAAUUACAGAAGUGACAAACGUUGGUGUCGCUGUCACUGAAAAAGAAGUAAAGUCUGGAAUUAUUCCUACUACUAUCAAAUACCAAGAUGAAAACUCACUUGCCCAUCCCAAUUUAUUUAUUGACAAGGCAGAAGCAGAAGAAAGAUGGUUCCAAAGGCUGAUGUCUCUUCGACAAGAGAGGCUCAUGGGAAGUCCCGUGGCUUGAGUGAAUUAAAUAACCAACGUACUUUCGUUGUGUUCCAUGGUAUAAAAUUUCAUGACAUUUCAUGAAUGAGUAUAUAAAUAUUGCCUAGAGUGAAGGUGGGAUGAAGGGAAGUAUGAGAGGAAGUAUAUUUCUGGAAUCAGCCAACAGGUUUAUAUCAUAUUAAAGGCAUUAAGUGAAAGAAUAAUGACUAUUAUGUUGCAAGAUAAUUAUUUGUAGAAAUAUUUUAUGGUGUUAAUUUUCUUAGUGUAUUCCUGUUGUGGUUGAGAUUCAAAGUGCUCUGCAUGUUAUUUCAUACCUGAUGGGGCACUUCAGCUUCUUCCAAGGGCAGUUCCUCCCAAGUUCAUGUACUGUAUAUUGGCAAUUAUGCAUGAAAGACCUUAGCAAUAAGAAUGUAUGAAGAGAAAGAAAGAAAGAAAAAUAUUAUCUUCCCACCUAAUAAUGUUUUGUUAUUGAAAGCUAGAACAACAACGAGAAAGCGGUUGUAUGAGAAGUGAGAUUCUGAAUUUAAUUAUACAAAUUACAAUAAACACAUUUUAAAGUAA